AUGUUUGCGUCCCGGCAGGUGGUAUCGAAUGUCUCCAAGCACGAGAAAGCGGAGGAAGAGGCCAGAUUUCUCAAGAACAAUUUGAUGAACAUUCUCGACUGUUAUGACAAGGAUGAAGACCAGUCCAUCGGCCCCGAGGAGUUCACCACGUUUUUCAACAACCCCGAGGUGCAGAACCUGCUGGGGCGCUUCGGCACCAAGGUGGGUGGCAUCCUGUCGCUGAAGCCGGUCUUGUUCGAGCAGACCGACAAGCUGACUUUCCCAGAGCUGCUGGACACCAUAAUGCGGCUGCGCGGCGAGAACAAGGCGGAGGUGACCGACAUCAUGGAGCUCCGCGAGUUCAUACGCCAGUGCAAUGCGGAGACCAAGCAGUACCUGCGGAAGUACCUCGGCGGCGAGGCGCCCAUGGAGACGACAGAUUCUACUGUACAUUCGGCUUUCUUGUCCAGGGGCACCACCUUGCAGAUCUCGUCGCCCAUGGCCUCCGCCGCGGCCGACACCACGGACGCGGCAUCCUGGGAGGCCAUCUCCGAGAGGAUCGACCGCAUCGAGAGCAUGUGCCUUGCCCGUAAGGAGAGCGACGAGGAGCUCAGGGCCAGACUCGAGCAUCUCGAGCAAGUUCUGCAGCGCCUGGCCGAGCAGUUCGGCGGGGCCGAGGCCGACAUCACCUGA